UGUUCCGGGGUCGGUCAGUCAGUGUACACAGUGUCAAAAAAAUCAUCAUUGUGUACAUUUUUCUUCUCUUUUCACAUAUUUAUCACACGGAGCGCGGAGAGUGGGGUCUGAGGGUUUCUUUAGAAGGAGAGACGCUUUGAAUACGGCACAGAGAGGACGUCUGUAAAGAUGAACUUCUUCAGAGGAGUGAUCGGCGGGCAGGCAGCCGGGCCGCAGCCGUCCGGAGCGGAGACGAUCCAGAAGCUGUGUGACAGGGUGGCCUCCUCAACGCUCCUAGAAGACCGCAGAGAUGCUGUCCGGGCACUUAAGUCCCUCUCUAAGAAAUAUCGCAUGGAAGUUGGCACACAGGCGAUGGAUCACUUGAUUAACAUAUUGCAAACUGACAGGUCUGACUCUGAAAUCCUCGGCUAUGCUUUGGACACACUGUAUAACAUCAUCUGCAAUGAUGAGGAGGAAGAGCAAGAUGAAUCAGAAGACGCAGUAACCCCUCUCCCUGUCUCAGGGAAGCAUAAGAAUGUUUCCGUGCCUGAUGAGAACGCCCAGAAACAGGCAGAUGACCUGGGUGCCCUGUUUACAGACAAGUUCAUCCAGGACCCUGAGCACGUGACCCUUCUGCUCACUCUGUUGGAGGAGUUUGACUUCCAUGUGCGUUGGCCUGGGGUGAAGCUGUUGACUGCUCUCCUCAAGAACCAGGGUGUCCAGCUCCAGGGCGUCAUUCUGGUCAGCCCCAUGGGUGUUUCCAGAUUGAUGGACCUAUUGGCAGACUCUAGAGAAGUAAUUCGUAAUGAUGGCUUGCUGUUGCUUCAGCAGUUGACUAAAGGAAAUGCUGCCAUUCAGAAAAUAGUGGCCUUUGAGAACGCAUUUGAGCGUCUGCUAGAUAUCAUCACAGAAGAGGGCAGCAGCGACGGAGGUAUUGUGGUGGAGGACUGUUUGCUGCUGCUGCUCAACCUGCUAAAGAACAACAGCUCCAACCAGAACUUCUUCAAGGAGGGCUCCUACAUCCAGAGAAUGAAGCCCUGGUUCGAGGUCGGUGACGAUAACUCUGGCUGGUCUGCGCAAAAGGUCACCAACCUCCACCUCAUGCUGCAGCUGGUGCGAGUCAUGGUGUCUCCAGUAAACUCUCCUGGAGCUACAGCCAGCUGUCAAAAGUCCAUGUACCAGUGCGGCCUGCUGCAGCAGUUGUGCACCAUCCUCAUGGCCACUGGUGUGCCUGCUGACAUCCUCACUGAGACCAUCAACACUGUAUCAGAGGUUAUCAGGGGCUCACAGGUCAACCAGGACUACUUUGCUUCUGUCAAUGCUCCUUCAAACCCACCAAGACCGGCCAUCGUGGUCCUGCUCAUGUCCAUGGUGAAUGAGAGACAACCAUUUGUGCUUCGCUGUGCUGUCCUCUACUGUUUCCAGUGUUUCCUCUACAAAAACCAGAAAGGCCAGGGGGAGAUAGUGGCGACGCUGCUGCCCUCAACCAUCGAUGCCAACUCCAUCUCAGCGGGCCAGCUGCUGUGCGGAGGCCUGUUCUCUGCAGACUCUCUGUCCAACUGGUGUGCGGCUGUGGCCUUGGCGCACGCCCUGCAGGACAACCUCACCCAGAAGGAGCAGCUGCUGAGGGUUCAACUCGCCACCAGCCUGGGCAAACCCCCCGUCUCGCUGCUGCAGCAGUGCACCAACAUCCUCUCCCAGGGAGAUAAGAUCAUCCGGCGGGGCAGUAAAGUACAGACGAGGGUGGGCCUCCUCAUGCUGCUGUGCACGUGGAUCAGCAACUGUCCGAUUGCUGUCACACACUUUCUACACAAUCAGGAAAACGUUCCCUUUCUGACGGCUCAGAUCUCAGAGAACCUGGGAGAGGAUGAAAGGCUGGUUCAGGGCCUGUGUGCGCUGCUUCUCGGCAUCUGCAUCUAUUACAACGACAACUCACUGGAGAACUACACCAAAGAGAAACUAAAGCAGCUGAUCGAGAAGCGCAUUGGAAAGGAAAACUUUGUAGAGAAACUCGGCUUCAUCACCAAGCAUGAGCUGUACUCGCGGGCGGCCCAGAAGCCGCAGCCUGUCUUCCCGUCUCCAGAGCAAAUGCUGUUUGACCAUGAGUUCACCAAGCUGGUCAAAGAACUAGAGGGUGUCAUCACGAAAGCAGUUCACAAAUCCAGCGAGGAGGAGAAAAAGGAAGAGGAGGUGAAGAAGACAUUAGAGCAACAUGACAACAUUGUAACUCAGUACAAAGAGCUGAUCAGAGAACAGGAUUCUCAGAUCCAGGAACUCAAAGAGCAGGUAGCAUCUAUGACUUCUCAGAACGAACAGAAGCAAGCUACGAUCACUCAGCAGCUGUCCCAGAUCCAGCAGCACAAAGACCAGUACAACAUCCUGAAGCUAAAAUUAGGUAAGGAGAACCAGAGUCAGUCUAACAGCCAGGGAGACGUCUCUCAGGUGAACGGGCUGCAGACAGAAGAGCUGACUCAGCUCAGAGAGGAGGUGGAGGAGCUGCGCAAGCAACACACACUCCUGCAAACACAACUCGAUGACAAAGACGCACUCAUCAACACCCUGAGGUCAGAGGCGGCGCAGACAGCAGAGGGUUCAGCAGGAGGAUCAGAAAACACAGAACUACUCAAGGAGCUGGAGGCUUUGAGGAGUCAGGUUCAGUCUCAGUCAACAGAAAUCAACCAGCUUCAGACAGAGAGGGAAGAACUGCUCAGAAGAGCUGAGGCCGGGUCCUCAGACGUAGUCCACAGCAGUGACGGCUCAUUAGACUCAGCCAAGAUGGCAGAACUUGAGAGCAGACUUGCAGCACAGAUGACUGAAACAGAGAGACUCAAGGAGGAGACAAAGAGCUUGUCGGGGAGCCGGGCAGACCUGGAGCAGCAGCUGGCUUCAGCCACCAGCACGGUGGCCAUCCUGCAGACGGAGAAAGCAAAGCUGCAGACGGAGGUUCAAGAGUCCAAGAAGGAGCAGGACGACCUGCUGAUGCUGCUGGCAGACCAGGAUCAGAAAAUCCAUAGCCUCAAACAGAAACUCAAAGACCUGGGAGAGACGGUGGAAGAUGAAGACGACCUCGACGCCAGGGAACAAACUGAUGAUGAUGAAGAGGAGGAGGAGGAAGAAGAAGAUGAGGACUAAAGAAAAACACUGACAGAAAAAAAGGGAGAGAUGGGAAUUUGUCUGCCAGCAGGCAAGAAAAGACUUUACAGAAACACACGAGAGAAACUCAAGAGUAGGACUAAUAUACUGAAGGAGUUUCUUUAUCCAGCUGCCAUGCUAUCUUCUAUUUUCUUUACCCCCGGUCAUCACAUGCAUUUGUUCAGGAUAAAGUUCUUCUGUCCAAGAUUUCAGCUUUCAGUGACGGCUAAAACCUUUGAACAUGUCAGUGCAUUCAUCUCUGCUACUUUUCUCAUCGGUUUGUGAUGGAUUUUACCAGUCUUGUGGUUAAUGUAACGUAUUGUCAUAUAGUUUGUAAUCACGCUAGGUUAAUUUUAACGCACAAGAGUUACCCGGAACAUUUAGGGAGGAGGAUUUCAAAUGUAGCAAAAAAUGCAACUAUGGACAGAUUUAAUGUUAUUCUCAUUUUCUCAUAAACGUGCUGGUGAGCUCCAUCGGGCGGCUUUUUUCCCAUCCUGCAUUCCUGCUCUCACCAGACGCACAAUGCAUUAGGAUCACCCGCAACAUGUCACUGUGCUGCACCCUGAAAUUUCACACCCCAAUCAGUUCGAGUUCAGUGUUACAGUAUUCGUUCUGUUUUGACGACACAACCUAACUGCUCUACAAUAUGCUGCAAAACACUGAGAGAAAAGAUGUAAAGACAAAAAAGGUAUUUUUGCAACUUUUUGUCCAGUACUGGCAUCCAGCUUCUGUAUGAUAUUGUGUAACUUAUCAAUUUAUGAGCCACAUUGAAAUGAAUAAAGAAUCUAUCGGUCUGUAUGCCUGUAUGGAGACAUAAUUGUAGAUAAAUUAAAUUUUACUAAAUCCACAAUGAGACUUUUGUAUUUAUAUUUGCAGGAUUCUUUUUUGUCUGAAUAUUUGGCCUCAUCACUUUUAAAAGUCCAGUAUCAUAUCAACACAAAUAUGACGCCUAUGUUUCAGUAUGUUUCUGGCAUUGUUAUGUCCUGGAUACUUUAGGAUUAAAUCAUUCAUUUAACAGGGUUUGGCUUUGAUUAAAUUAAAAAUAAAAAAUAAAAAAAAUUCAAGUUAAAGCAAGAUGUUUUCCAGGAUAUUGUGGUGUCACAGAACUCGGAUCAGCUUUUCAAGAGUUGGUAUAUUUUUGAGUUUCAUUGGUCAUUAAUCAGUUUCUAACUGAACUGUUUCUGAAAGGCACAAAGCUUCUGGUUCCAUUUUUCAGAAAAAAGCUCCUCUGAGAAAACUUGUUUUGUUUGUGCACAUGUGGAGGCUGCACGAACAAACCCCGCUACACCCCAGGGAGAAUUUUGAAGCCAGACAACUUGUCUGAGCAGCUCAAGUAUUCGACUGCUGAGCCUCCAGGUGACGAAGAGACUGAUAACACAGUUCACUCUUGGUUCUGGUAAACCACGCCUAAAAGGUUUCUGGUGUAGAGAAACAUCUUGUGCGCCAUGUUUCCACAAGGUUUUACACACUGUACAAAAAAACAUGGAGAUCUAAAGCUCAUUUAUGAAGAGAGCUGUUGAACUAACCUUUAGCACAGGACUGGCAUGUUUUAUGAUUAUGUUUUUUUAUCUUUUUCUUUUUCUAAACUUGUUAAAAUCAUUAUGUCAUCUCUUCAAUACACCUGUGAAAGCAUUGUUUUGCAGCUUUAUCUAUCGCUGCCCAUCUUCUGGACAUAUGUAGAGACGUCUGACCAAUCGUCAUCCACCUCUAAGAGGAAAAUAAUUCCUCUGAGGAGCUGAGAAAUGGAGAGUAAGGUGGAAGGAAAUGUGACACCGUCCUGGAAUGGGGGUGUAAACCGCUCUGUGACUGGAAGGGAACACUGAAACACCACAUUGUCCCAUACAUUUGGAAAACAAGAAAAACAAAAUGUGGAUUUAUCCUCACCUGCCCUGUUUCCUCACAUGGCACAAGUCGUUCACGGAGAUUGUCAAGAUAAAAUGAUUGUAAGAGUGUGUACAGUUUGUGACCUCUCUGAUCAGGGUGGCUUUUAAAAAUAUUGUAAUGGCUGAGUUUCAACACUGGGGGGCAACAAACUCUCAAAUAAA